AUGACAAAGAAGAGAGCUUCAUCACCCAUGCGCCAACUUUUGAGGUUGGUAUCAGGUCUCAUCAUCAUUGUCAGUAUCUUUCUAUGUCUAUUGGCUUUCCUUAGAGUGUUCCAUUCUCAGUCCAAGCUCCCACCAUCAUUCUUCACGUCUCGGAGGUCUCAUGCUUUCAUUCAUGAAGAUCAGUUUAAAGGCCCUCUGAAAGUUGCCUUCCUCUUCCUCGUUCAUCGGGAUCUUCCUCUUGAUUUUCUCUGGGACACCUUCUUCAAGAAUGGCGAUGUGGCAAAGUUCUCAAUUUAUAUUCAUUCAGAGCCUGGUUUUGCAUUUGAUGAAUCAACCACAAGGUCUGCUUUCUUUUACGGUGGACAGUUGAACAACAGCAUUCAGGUAGUAUGGGGAGAAUCAAGUAUGAUAGAAGCAGAGCGCUUACUACUUGAAGAAGCUCUGUAUGAUCCAGCCAAUCAAAUAUUUGUCCUUCUCUCAGAUAGCUGUGUGCCUCUGUACAACUUCAGUUACAUUUACAACUAUGUAAUGUCUUCUCCAAGAAGCUUUGUGGACAGCUUCAUUGAUGUUAAAGGAUUUCGUUAUGAACCGAAGAUGUCACCUACUAUACCUGAGGAGAGAUGGCGAAAAGGAUCCCAGUGGAUAACUUUGGUUAGAAGACAUGCAGAAAUUGUUGUGGACGACCAUACCGUUUUCCCCGUUUUCAGGAAAUUCUGUAAGCGGCGGCCACCAAUAGACCUGAGUUUGAGGCGGCAACUUCUUGAACAUGAUUUCGAUUUCAAGUUUCUAAUGCAGACAGUUCCGAAGUAUCGCAAUUGUAUCCCAGAUGAACAUUACGUGCAGACACUACUUGCAAUAAGUGGACUUGAGGACGAACUUGAACGAAGAACAUUGACCUACACAUCAUGGAAUCAGACAACGAUACUAAGGAAAAGAAGGUCUUGGCACCCUAUAACGUUUGAUUAUGCAGAUGCAAGCCCUUGGAAGAUGAGAGAAAUUAAGGAUAUCGACCAUGUAUACUAUGAGUACGAACAACACACCGAGUUCUGCCAUACCGGUUCCAAAAUCGCUUCAUGUUACUUGUUUGCAAGAAAAUUCACUGUCGGAGCUGCCAUGCGCAUUCAGAGAGAAGGUUUGAUUGGUCCUUAUGAUGUUACUGCAAUACCAAACAUGUGA